AUGGCGGCCGAAGUUGAAACUUGUGGAUCAUGUUGUUUGAAGUUAAGGGAUCUCAUUCAAGGCUAUGAAAAUGAGCUUGGGUUAUCAGSAAGAAAUAUCGAUGGAACAAAGAUUCACAUGUUUGGAUCAGUCAACUUCUGCUUGGAACACAACAAGUUUAAUGAAUUACUGAACAGCAUCAAAUCAAAAUGUCAUCAAUGUAAAACAUGGACAGACUCCAAGAAGGCCAUCAGAGCUUCCUUAGAGCGACAUCAACAAACUGAAAACCUUGCACCAGUAAAACUCUUCAUUAAAGAAUGUUUAGAUAAGUUACAACAUGCCAUGAAAGAUAAUUCAAUAAGAGGAGUUGUGCAAAGACUUGAAGCCAUCACAAGAAAAGUUGGUUUGAAGUUUUAUGACAAUGGGUCUGGUACAGAUUGCUUUAUCAGCUCUGAUAUGUUCUAUGUAGAGGUUAAGAUGGAGCCCAAUGGUAGAGUAAUGGAAGUGAAGGUUGCACAUGCAGGUGAUCCAGAGAGCUGCCCAGAAUUAACAAGAGUCUUGAGAGAAGGGGAUUAUGAUGAGUUUGCAUGCCAUCUUAAAGGUCUAUCAGAUCUUUAUGAGCUGUCUGGAGAUACAUUUCAAAAAUCCAAGAUAUUAAUGGCAUUAAAAGCUUUAGAGGUCGAUGUGAAUAUGAUGUUGUCUCUGUAUGGGUCUAGUGAAGACUCAACAGAAACCAUCUUGAAAUGUCCUGUUGGAUUUGGAACACCACGCCAAGGAGGUCGCCUGAUGCGUCUGACAUACUUUGCUACACCAUAUGAACUAGUGGAUGUCAAACAUCCUGGACAAGACUUGAAAUUCUCUAAUGAAAACCACCCCCCUCUGGAUUUAGGUUACUGGGUUAUUUUAUCAGUAGAGCAAUCACAAAAAUGCCWUUUGCCUACAAAACCUUUGAUAGAAGAYCCUCCAAUGGAAUGCAUGCUGGAUGAUACAAUCAAGUAUCACCCUCUGAAUGAUAAUAACCACGAUGAGCUUCCAGCAUCUUUUGUCUUGAUAUUAAAUAAACCAAUGGUGAUGUCAGUAGAGUGUGCGCAACAGAUAUGCUCCGUAAUACAUCAAGGAAGUAGGUUUGUACAUUCAUCAACAGUACCAGUUGAGAAACUUAUWUUCAGAGAGUGGUGGAAGUCAAAAGGYAUUGUUGAAGGAGAAGAACCCAGAGUUUAUUUUGCAGACCUGCCACAACAUUAUCAUAUCUACUACGACACGUCACAUGACUCUGAAGAAGAGGAGGCUGUGAGAAAMAAUGCAGGAGUGUUGGUUUAUAGAGUUCCAUUCACACACCCAAGCCAUGUUCCUGCUAUAAUUAAACAAUUACGGCGACAGGCAUCUUACAACAGUUUAUUAACAAGUACAUUAAGGWCUCACAAGCCACCAUCUAAAGGCAAAGACAAAACAGUGUAUAAAUUUGAGUUGAGUACUCCAGCACCCUUUACCAUUACCAUUACAUUUGAACAUCCUUGUACAGCAGGCAUGGCGUCCAUUGACUUUGAAGUGACAGAAGAUAGUWCAGUGAAAGCAUACCUGCACACAGUUCCUGGACAACCUGAAUUUUGUACGAAUGAAUACAUUACUAAAGUUGUACAAAGAUGCCAUUCUAUUCCUGCAUCCAUGCGCUGUGUCAUUAAAAAAGCGCAGUCUUACAAACCUGAAGAACUACCUGUUAAAAAAACACAGACACCAGGCUUGAUUACUCCUGCACCAUCGACAGCCAACCUGGAAAAGCUUACUAUACCAGGAAAUCCUUUCUUUGCCAAUCCAUCAGGUCCAAACACACCAGCGUACUUUCCAGGUAGUACAUCACCAACUUUUGGAUUCUCCCUGGAAACUCCUUCCCCUACCUUAGGUGCAUUUCAGUUCUCUAUUUCACCAACUUUGACGUCAUUUCCGUUCAUUGGUGCUGAUAUGCCAGAAACACCAACAUCGAAACAACCAGAAAAUAAAAAACUAGAAACUCCUAAACCUCCAUCUACUCCUAAACUAACAUUGGUAUUAAAGCGCAAAAGAGAUGAUGAAUAUGUGAUCAAAGACUUUCAAUUACCUGACAAUGUCCCUACAUCAGAAGAGAACGUAAAACAAGAGAAAGGUARCAUUAUUAGUGCAUCGAAAUUAAUGGAACAGUCAGCAAUGGAUAGUAUUCCUCCACCAUUAGAUACCAGUAAGACAGGAACUGAUGGAGUCAAUCCAUAUAGUAUGUUAACAUCACCAUUUGACAUGCAACCAUCAACCAGUAACAUCUCCUUGGAAGCUGCUUCUAUUUCCAUGGCAACAAGUGGUUUAGGGGGGACGUUACCUGGAGCAAUUGAUAGUAUUCCGGGAGCCGAGUUGUUUGAGUUGACUUCUGGUGUCUCAGAUGGUAGCUCUGUACCUGAUCUUGAAGGAAUCUUGUCAAGUCUUCCAGGAGCAUCUCAUCUAUCGGUGGAUGCUGGUCUGGAUUUCGAUACAGGAUUGGGUUCUGGUCCACAUGUCAUGGAUGUUGACGCUAAUUUUGAUAUCGAUGCUGCGAUCGAUGCAAGUGCGGCGAAUGAUCCAAGUAUUGCAGGUGUUGUCGCCUCGGCUGACGCUUUCGACGUGGACUCGGCUCUAGACUUCGAUCUCGAUCACAUCACAGGCAGCCAUUCUAGUGAUCUUACACCUUCAGGCUCAGACCUUGUGGACCAGACUCUACCGGACACGCUAUUAAGUCCUGGGGAUAGCAUUGUUGCUAUGGAUACUGGUAUAAUAAGUGAUUGAAUGGACAAGCGUGUCAGUGUAACUAAUACGGUGGAGGCAGGUUAGUGGUCAAUAUCCCAGUAUCACUGGCCAGGGAAGAAUCAGAUCAUUAAGAUGUAAAAAUACAAAUGUAUUCAAGUCAACAAGUAUUUUAAGUCGUAAAACGGACAAGAAGCAGCAUUAUUAUCACUGUAAAUACAUGAAAUAYAAUGCACCUGAGAUGCGUUUUAAACCAUACAAUAUUGUUUAAAAUGGAGGACGAUUAACAGCAGCAAAACGUUCAUGAUAAAUAGCAUAAGAUCCUAAAAACAUGUAACGAUUUCUUAACGCCUGAUGACAUCCUUUCAUUGUGAAAGUAUAAAAACUGAGUAGAUAAAGAUAUAUAAUUGUACUAAAUGUAAAUAUCAAAUAAAUAUGCRUAAAAAACAUUUUGAUUUUGAUGACCUAAAAAAUCGCAGUAUUUUUAAUUUCAAGAACAAGAGAACUAUUGUCACAGUAUUCGUU